AGCAAGGGUGGCGCCGGGAGUGGGAGAGCUGCACAGCUCCAACUCCCCGGCUCCAGCUCCCUACUCCUGGCGUGCAAGCCCCGGCGGCAGCCAUGAACAGCGAGGAGCAGUACUACGCAACUACGCAGCUUUACAAGGACCCAUGCGCGUUCCAGCGGGGCCCCGCGCCAGAGUUCAGCGCCAGUCCCCCUGCGUGCCUAUACAUGGGCCGCCAGGCCCCGCCGCCGCCGCCCCCGUUCCCGGGGACCCUGGGCGCUCUGGAGCAGGGCAGCCCCCCGGACAUCUCCCCGUACGAGGUGCCUCCCCUCACCGACGACUCCGCGGUGGCGCACCUGCACCACCACCUCCCAGCUCAGCUCGCGCUUCCCCACCCGCCCGCCGGGCCCUUCCCGGAUGGAGCUGAGCCAGGAGCCCUGGAGGAGCCCAGCCGCGUCCAGCUGCCCUUCCCGUGGAUGAAGUCCACCAAGGCUCACGCGUGGAAAGGCCAGUGGGCAGGCAGCGCCUAUGUUGCAGAGCCAGAAGAAAACAAGCGGACGCGCACUGCCUACACGCGUGCGCAGCUGCUGGAGCUGGAGAAGGAGUUCCUAUUCAAUAAAUACAUCUCGAGGCCGCGCAGGGUGGAGCUGGCCGUCAUGCUGAACUUGACCGAGAGACACAUCAAGAUCUGGUUCCAAAACCGCCGCAUGAAAUGGAAAAAGGAGGAGGACAAGAAGCGCAGCUGCGGGCCAGUGGCCGGGGGUGGCACGGAUGCUGAACCAGAACAGGACUGUGCAGUGACCUCGGGUGAGGAGCUGCUGGUGCUGCCACCAUCGCUGCCCCCGGGUGGUGCUGUGCCGCCCACUGUCCCCGCCGCCGCCGCCCGAGAAGGACGCCUGCCACCUGGCCUUAGCGCGUCGCCGCAGCCCUCCAGUGUCGCGCCCCUGCGACCGCAGGAGCCCCGGUGAGAGAUGGGGGCUCCUCCUGGCCAGGCAGCUUCAACCACUGAGAAAGACGGGAGAAACGGUGUGCUCGGACCCUGGGUGUGGACAGCCAGCCCCGGCCUCUGGCCGUUCAAGGGGUUAGAAACUGCGGAAGCCACCCCAGACGGAAGGAGAGCACUCGAGUUCUCAGGUGCCUGUGCCAAUUGGGGCACUUUGGGGAGACACUGACAGACCUGCAAGGAGAAGAGAGGUUUUCUCUAAUAUCUGGGGCCUCUUCCGGUGAUAUGGUUGGAUUGGCAACAUCUGCGGCUGCUGUGCAGGUCCUAGGACUCCAGAACCAUGGACCCCUUUAGAGAAGCCAGCUCUUCAAAAGACCACAGAAACUACAAGUUGGAAUGCUCCCCAACACAUUGCAGGCAAGCUGGAUGGAGCGCCUUAAUCUCUCCUGAAACAGAGCCAAUUUUACUCAGGCUUCCACUCUAAAGCUUAGAAAUAAUUGAAAGGAAAGGUCUCAGUUUUCAAAGACGUAGUGAAAUUGAUGCCCGUGGAAUAGAAUAAUUCCUCCUC